UAUCAUUCCUGGAUAAUAAUGAUGUCGGAGAUACUAAACUGAACGGUCGCUUACUGAAGAAACUGUUGUAAUUGGAAAUAACUGCCGAAGAUUGUCGAAGAUUGCUGAAGAUUACCGAAGAUGACGUAGUGAGAACGUUCCGUGCAAUCGGAUUGAUGAAGUAAUCAACGCAAGACAAGCUUUCAUCCAAUUUCCUUUAAAGAAGAUUAAAAAUGGAAAUACAUCUUACAAAAACCAAUGACAGCUUAACGCACCAACUUUACAACGUCACGGUGAAUGACAUGUAUGCUCAACAGGCAUUGCGAAGUCGUUUGGAACAGAAUGAAACAUACCUGCGUCUUUUGAUUUUUGGAGGUAUUUUGUGCUUCAUUGCCGUACUUGCAAAUAUUAUAUCGAUCUUUGCCAUCAGACAGAUACCAGGCAAAAUGACCGCAAACCAUUUGAUGUUUGUAAAUCUAUCGGUGGCAGAUGCAUUUGCCGCCUUGAUGUAUUAUUUGUGGAUUGUAAGUAUCGUCCUCAUUAGCUGGAAAGAGAGUCAUCUUCGCGUUAUAUUCUACAUGACUUACUUGACUCAUGCCGGGUAUGUGCUAUUCUACGUCGCCUCUAAUCUUAGUCUCCUCAUGUUUGCCAUCUACCGCUAUUUGGCUAUCUACAGGCCGAUUAGCUUCAGUGAUGUCAGCAGCUUGUGUAAAAUCUGUGGCUCUUUAACCGGAGUGUGGAUUGUUUCCGUAUUGAUCGCAUGGCCAGGAACAUUUCCUUUGUUCGUAAGGCCACCACAACCGUGUAUUUAUACUGAGACUGCAUCGCGAGGUAUGACAACCAAUCCAACAAUUGUGUUGCAUACAUCAGCUGCUGAUGACAAAUUUAUCGCUGCUAAUAGUACUGAAAGAACACCAACAACUGUACAAUUCGAGGAAGGCAUUGGUUACUCUGAUGUAAGAACGAACUGUGAUAGUACACAAGAAUUUGUGGAGUCUCCAGGGAUGAGUUUUGAAAAUCUGUAUAACUACUGGAACUACAUAUGGCCUGGAGUAAUGAUUCUAUCAUUUUUGACCAUCGUUGUGCUAUACAUCCUGGUUUCAAGAUACCUCCAUAGGCGCUCGGCAAGGUGGCGCAGCGAACGCAAUAUGGACGAAAACCUUUACGCCUUUAUCACUACAGUUUUUCUUAUGACGACACUUACCAUAUCUAUCGUCCCAUACUUUACCUACAUGAUGAUACGAUUCCACAAUGUCCAUGCUGACCAAAUGAUAUUGAUUAGAGUUUACUACAAUUUCAUCGUAUAUUUACCAUGGAUUAACUUUAUCAGUGAUCCUAUCAUAUACGGUUACCGCACAAAGAAUAUCAGAGAUGGGUAUUUUAAGAUAGCAUAUAACAUGAGCUCUUGCUUUCGUUCGACCUUUCGUUACCGCACCGGACCGAGGACCAGCGUCAGCUAUAGCAGGGCAAACGGGAGAAGCAGUUUCAGUACACGGUCGAGCAUAACUGCCACGACGACAACGUUAUAG